AUGUUUCCACCACCUUAUUCCCUCGACUUUGUCUGCGAUCCCCAAACUGAAGAAACGUCCCUGCAGUUCUUGCACCAACCCACAGCAGCCUUCUGGGUGAGGAGUGGGAGCCGGCAGGCGGGUUCGGAGAGGGACAGACGAGCUCACCCUCAGCCCGCGGCAGCUCCUGGCCCGCUCCUCAGAGCUGCCGCCGCUCUGGGCUCCGGCGCGGGUCCCGCCGCCGCUCUGGGCUCCGGCGCGGGUCCCGCCGCCGCUCUGCGGAGCCGCAGCCUGCGCGGGUUCUGCGCGGCCCUUCCCGCAGCCUGCUUCAGGGGCCGAGGCGGCGGUGCUGGGGCCCAGCCGCGCUCUCCCCUGCCCCGGGGAGAUUCUGCUGUAAUCUCCUCCGGCCUUGCCUCAGCAGGUUAUUUUCGGAAGGGCUGUCGCAUUAUCCAGCGGCUGAGGCCGGCGGGAAGGGGUCGCAGCUCCGCUGCGCGCCCACCGCUCCAGCCCCUUCCCACGGCCCGAUGGGCAGUGUCACCGCGCUUUCUGAGCCCCGAAUCCUGCGCGAAGCGCUGGAGUUGUUUGUGUUACCAGUCUGUAAGCAGGAAAUACCGAAAGAGGGUCAUGUUCGCGUUGAGGGAAUCUUGCAGUUGUAUGGAUAUUAAUAGCCAAGAUGUGAACGUUGACUUGCGAUGUCCUCUGGGCCAGGGACUGGGUGUCGUCUGCCCCCGGCCUCAAGUGCCCCGUGACAGCGUCUCUGAGGCCUUGAACUGCGGCUCUGGACAUCUGGGGCCAGUUCUGAGCUGCUUCGACUUCCCUCGAGACCUUGGGCCGAGUCACUCGUGCACCCUGAAGCUGGAGCAGCCCUGGUGCUGUGCCUGUUGUCCUCAGGAUGGGGUGUGUGAAUCCACCGGGCAGUGCUGGUGCUGUGCCUGUUGUCCUCAGGAUGGGGUGUGUGAAUCCACCGGGCAGUGCUGGUGCUGUGCCUGUUGUCCUGGGGACGGGGUGCGUUGUCCCGGAGCCUCUGGUCCCUGUAAUGCGGAUCAGUGAGACUGUCAGUCAGCUCCGCGGCUCAUCCUCUGGUUGAGGACGCUGGUUGUUCUCAGGGCGCUUGGCCUUUGCUCGAGCCCGCUGCCCCGACAGCGCUGUGAGUAAAGUCACCGCGCUUGGGAGGAAAUACAUGGGAAAGGCAGAGGACAAAUAUGGCCUUGUUUAAAGGAACUAUUGGGUUUUAUCGUGACCUAAAGCAACGUGCCUUAUUCAGCAGUUUGUAAAAACAGGAAGCUUUAUUUAGAAGGCUACGGCACUUGCUGAAUCAUGGAGCAGGAGAGCACAGAGUGCAAGAAUUAGUUUAAACAGAGCAAGUUUGGCAAUUUAUGGAGCUUUUCUUGUGUCCUCAAAGUUCAGUGUUGGUUGCCUUGACCAGACGCAUCAGACACUACCGCGGUGCGGCAGAGGAGGUGAAAUCCCGGUAAUCACUGGGGCAGUUUGCUCUCCUAAGGGAGACUGCUCAUGGAAAAUCCAACCUCCUCUUCGCCGUGAGGGGUUUUGGGGUUUGGAGGGGAAAAGAAAGCAAAUGGUGGUGGCCACAUUGGCUCCGGACCUUCUCAGAGCUUUACUGGAAACUUGUAUUUACAGCACCCUCCUUCCUGUGCAGGGAUCUGUUUUCAGGUUAAUCAGAAACAGCCCAGACUCACACUUGGACACAUGUGUUUGGCUUUGCACCUGCUGCUCCGGGUGCCGUUUCCGUUUGAUGGGUGGGAAGCUGGGUGUGUGCCCUGGGCGACGUCCCGCGCUGGCGUUGGUGCGGCUCCUCGGCUCUGCAGCCCCCCGUGCAGCGUUUUCCCGUCUCUAGAUCCAACGUGAGCAGCUCAGGAUCUUAUCUGUGUCACUUCAGCGCCGUGCGUUGCGCAAGUACAAACGGGGUGAGAGAUUCGGUGUCUGUUAACGCGGGGCAACGGCGCAGCCCCCCGCAGGGCGGGAGGGAGAGGAGGGCGAGGCUGGUGCUCCUCGCUGCAGCCUCACCUCCCGCUGCGAGCAGUUCUGUCUCUGAUCCUUGCAGCCUGCGGUUCUGGGUGACCUGGCCAUUCCGCGAUAAACGCUUUCUUUAUUUACAAGAAUAAAAGGGCAAGGGGGAGGAAGGGACACAGCAGAUUAUUAUUAUUUUUUUAAAAUAUCUUAAAACCUUCGCAGUGCGGAACCAGCUCCGUCUUGGGCUCCGGUUUUCUCCUCCUCUGGGUCCCCGAGUGAACUUUGUGUUUGUGAAGCGUUAAGCAGCCAGUUGGCGGCGGCUGGUGGAGCUGCGUGUGCGUUCCUGCAGGGCUGACGGGGACGCGCCCUGGGCGCCCGGCCCGCGGCUCGCCGGCUGACCUGCGCGGUGCCCGCCGCACCACUAGCCUUCCUUUCCUCCCCUUGUAACUUCAGCUGAAAGAAACAUGGGCUUCCAUUCCAUCCCAUUCCAUUCAUGUCCACCUGCAUCGUGCUGCCCCUUCCCUGGGGACUCCUGCUUGGUCUGCAUGAGACUCCUGUUGGUUUGGUGCCUUUCCUGCUGCUUUAUACACUGGUCUAGAGCUUUUCCUGGCUAGGAGCCCUCCAGUAGUGACUGUUAUUGUAGAAAACCUGGUCACUGCCCGCGCUGCCCCCGUAUCGUACAGUGAGUUGUAGCAAUUACGUGCUGGGGAGGAAACGAAGUGAUCGGGAAAGGCCAACUCCAUAGCGAGCAGCAGCUGACUUUAUUUUAAACCAAUUAAAUUGGGGAAUAGAGGGUGCUGUUAAGUUCAGCCCCUAGUAAAAGAAAACAGUGCAGGAAAAUGCAGUGUAUUAGCAGAAGCAUGAUUGUCUAGGCUUGUAGUAAACCCUGUGUAACUCUUGAAAGUAUUAACACACGGCAGCAUGCAGGGAAUGAUGAGGAGUGACGGAGAGGACCGCGCACGGGACAGAGAUGGUUUCAGUGGCAGAACGUAUUGAUGUGGGUUCUGUGCCGCUCUGGGGGUGGCGGUGGACACCGAGCUCCGGAGCGGCGCCGGCUCUUCCGCACGCGGCUCGCUCGGUUUUAAAUAGGACACCUUGCAGCGCUCGGGGGGAAGAUUAAUCCCCUAUGGGGUUAAUCCUUAAAUCCUUGGCGUUCGACUUGUGAACAAGGGAGGGAAGUUUGCAAUAUUCUCGGAAGUGCUCGGGGACCUCGUCGUUGAUGGUUUGCUGUCUCUUGUGGUUAACUUGGUGGGCACAUGUUCCUCUGGAGCUGCUUUUGGCAAGCACGUGUGUGUUUGAAAGACGUGUGGAGCAGGAGAGCGCGGGAGCUGGGGCGCGGGGCGGGGGGUGCGUGGAGGCGAGUCCGUGCCGACACUAACCCGCUCCCGCGGCGCCGCGCGCUCUCGUCUCUGUGUCGCGCUCCUAACCUCGCUGUGCAGAUAACCAGCCUGGUGUGAGAGCCCGAGCCUCGUCCUGCAGCUGUCUGUCUGUCCGUUCGCUGAAUGCUAAGUGUUCCCUGUCC